AUGGCCUCGCCUUCUCUGCAAAAUGGUCAUUCGGCCGAGGUGCUGCGCAGGAACUUGAGCCGUCUUGAGCCCGUCCAUGUCGUGGAUGUUGCUCCCAGCUUGAGCUCGUACAAACCCGGUCCAUGGUCUGUGGAAUGGCUGUCAUCACCCAAGCUUCGGAUUCAGCCCGCACAUCUCGGAUACGUCGUAGUUGGGGAAGCCGCCCUAAGCCGGCCUUCGUGUCUUUCUGAGGCAAAGACUAUUCGAGCCGGAUUGUUGAUUGCGCUGCUCUUUGCAGUCAGAGCAGGCGCAGACGAGGAAGUAGAAGUUGAAGUCCAGACCGAUGACCAGAUUUUGGAGGAGCGACUUUCGCGAGACGAGGUGACGGAAACCUCGACAGGUUUGCAGUACGAGGUGUUGAAAAGCGGCCCCGCCGACGGAACUCACCCUGAAGCGCAGUCGAAGAUUGUCAUGGACCAAAUGUUUGCUGCUAGAGACAAGCGCCAAGGCAAGGUCGAGAAGAAGGGCACGAAGCCGAAAGCAGUGCCAAAAGCAAGCGCGUCGAGCCAGGACAUAGAUGCUGGCGAGAAAGCAAGACUUGCGGAUGAAGCGAUUGCAGACAUCGAGCAAGGCGUGCGCGUCGCCGGCAACCAAAAGGCCGGUGCGCCUUUCGUCCCCGAAGGGUGGGCAGACAAGUACAAGCCCGCUUUGGGAUCCUACAAACAGUUCUUGAAGGAGAAUCCAGACAAGUUUACGUUGGUUCCGGACAAAGAUGGCAACUUCGUGAUAAGGCUUCCAGACCAGCUCGAUCCUCCGAGCAUUCCAGAUAAGAAGGUGUGGGAAAAGCACCUGGUAAAGGCUUGGAUGGCGUACUGCAAGGUUGUCCCAAGACCUCAGCGCGAUUUCAAGGGAGGUUUCCUCGCAAUGUUGCCCAAGCACGCUUUGCGCCUGCGGGGCGCGAAGCAGCCUUCGUCGCCUAAGAGCGGGCCUGCUCAGUCGCCUCGACUCUCCCCGAAGCCUUCUCCGAAGCUCUCCCCGAAGCGGUCGCCGAUCGCUGAGAAGAAAUCAACAGGCAAAAGAGAAGCUGGUUCCAAAGCCGGGGAGGUGAAGAAGAAAAAGAAGGUGUGCCAUUACCGAGGCACCUUACUGAAUGGCUCAGAGUUCGAGCCCUGGAUGCUAGCGAUGAGCUUCAGGAUCGGAUAUGGCUCCCGUGGCGCUGGAAGUGCGAUUCCGCCCGACGCGGCGAUCUCAUUCGAGCUAGAGCUCUUGGAGGUGAGUCCUCCGGCGGAAGGACUGGCGUGGCUCUGGGAGCAGGCCUCGGCGAACCCAAUGCCGAUAGCCCUGGUGUGCCUCUUUGGCUUCCAGCUCUUGCAGGGCUACUUCCAGAAGGGUGGUCCUUCUGAUCUCAAGGAGCUGCCGAUUUCAGACGCAUCUUCUGACGAGAACCCUAAGGUGUUCCUGAGCAUGAAGAUCGGGGAUGCGGAGCCUGAGCAGGUGGUGAUCGAGCUUUUCGCCAAGAGCUAUCCAAAGACUGCAGAGAAUUUCCGUGCCCUCUGCACCGGGGAGAAGGGCGAGGGGAAGUCUGGCAAGAAGCUGACCUUCAAAGGCAACACCUUCCACCGGAUCAUUCCUGGCUUCAUGUGCCAAGGAGGUGAUUUCACCAACGAAAAUGGCACUGGCGGAGAGUCAAUUUACGGCGAGAAGUUUGAAGACGAGUGGACAAAUGGAUACAUCACGCACAGCAAAGCCGGGAUGCUCUCCAUGGCGAAUGCAGGGAAGGAUACCAACGGCUCGCAGUUUUUUAUCACCCUAGCAGCCUGUCGUGGGCCGAGAAUUUGCAGUGCAAGUAGGCAAGCAGUCCGUCAGUUGCAGAUGCAUUUAGUGUAA